UUCGACGGCUGUACUCUAAUCCUCUCAGAUACAACUGAGCUAGAGACUUUAUUGGGUUACAGUGUGCGUGAAAGUGAACCGAGCAGUAUCAUGCCUGAGCCAGCUAAACCCGCGCCCAAGAAGGGCUCUAAGAAGGCCGUCACCAAGACCGCCGUUAAGGGAGGAAAGAAGCGCAGAAAGUCCAGGAAGGAGAGUUACGCCAUCUACGUGUACAAAGUGCUCAAGCAGGUCCACCCCGACACCGGCAUCUCUUCCAAGGCGAUGGGCAUCAUGAACUCUUUCGUCAACGACAUCUUCGAGCGCAUCGCCGGUGAGUCGUCUCGUCUCGCGCACUACAACAAGCGCUCCACCAUCACGUCGAGAGAGAUCCAGACCGCCGUGCGUCUGCUGCUGCCCGGUGAACUCGCCAAACACGCCGUGUCCGAGGGCACCAAAGCCGUCACCAAGUACACCAGCUCCAAGUAAAGCGCCGCUUUCAUCCGCCGCACACAAAGGCUCUUUUAAGAGCCACACACUUAUUCCUUUAAAGAGAUUCUCAUGUUUGUAAGCAUUUACUGUGUUUGUUUAUUAUGAUUUAAAUUAUGACGCGACAUACGGCGUUUA